AUGGUCGGAGUGAAGCGUCCCGUCGACGGCAGCGAGGACCGCAAUGGAAAGCGGACCAAGACCAAGCAGGGCUCUGCCUCAGCGAAGAAAUCCAAGCCCGCGGCGCCCGUGAAGAAGACUCCGUCUUCUAAAUCGAAGAAGGGAACGAAACCCGGAAAGGAAGACAAGAAGAAGCCCUCGAAGAAGGCGCAAAAAGAAGAACCCGACGAUGAGGACGACUUUGACAUUGACGAUCUUUCGGAUUCCGGCGAUAAUGAUCUCGAUGCCCUUGAUACUGUCCCGGAUGACCAUGUGGACAUGGAAGAUGUCAGCGACGAUAAUGUCGAGAGUGAUGAGGAAGAGGAGAUGGGCCAGAAGGGAGCAAAGGGUGGGAAGAAUGGCGAGAUUACGGCAAAGAGCAAUGCGUCUCGAGAAUCACACGCCAAGCAAAAGGCCCUCCAGCAGGAGCGCAAAGCCGCCAAGCCCAACGCCGACAUGAUCGCUCGUUCCAAGAAGCUGUGGGAGCGGUUGCGCCGCAAGUCCCACGUGCCGCUUGAGGAAAGGAAGAAGCUGAUUAAGGAACUGUUUGAGAUUCUUACUGGUCGCGUGCGCGACUUUGUGUUCAAGCACGACUCGGUUCGAGUCGUCCAGACGGCCCUUAAGUACGCCAACACUGAGCAGCGGAAGCAGAUUGCGCAAGAAUUGAAGGGCACCUACAAGGAGCUCGCCCAGAGCCGUUACGCCAAGUUCUUGGUCGGAAAGUUGAUCGUCCACGGCGACGCGGAGAUUCGGGACCUGAUCAUUCCCGAGUUCUACGGACAUGUCAAGCGGCUGAUCCGGCACCCGGAGGGAUCAUGGAUUCUCGACGACAUUUACCGCACGGUUGCGACCAAGGAGCAGAAGCGGAGACUUUUGCGGGAGUGGUAUGGCCCGGAGUUCGUCAUCUUCCAGGACGACACCGUGACUUCCUCGGAUCUCGCGAAGAUCCUGGAAGCCCACCCGGAAAAGCGAUCGCCUAUCAUGCAUUUCUUGCACGAGCUCAUCAACCAGCUGGUGCAGAAGAAAACCACUGGUUUCACGAUUCUCCACGACGCCAUGUUGCAAUAUUUCCUCAGCACAAAGCCGGGCAGUAACGAGGCGACCGAGUUUAUUGAGCUUCUCAAGGGCGACGAAGAGGGAGAUCUUGUGAAGAACCUAGCAUUCACCGCGUCUGGGUCGCGCCUGAUGUGCCUGACCCUGGCGUAUGCGAAUGCUAAAGAUCGCAAGCUGCUCUUGCGGUUCUACCGUGACACCGUUAAGAUGAUGGCUGGUGAUUUGCAUGGUCAUCUGGUCCUUCUUGCGGCCUACGAGGUCAUUGACGACACGAAACUCAGUGCUAAAUCAAUCUUCUCGGAGCUUCUGAACCAGAACGAUGCGGAGGAGGCUCGGAACGAGGAACUCGUCUUCCAGGUCAACGACUUGACCGCGCGUAUACCCAUUCUGUAUCCGUUUGCUGGCGACCGUGUGAAGUGGCUUCUGCCCAAUUUCGACCAGGAUGUGCUGAAGGAGGUCCGCGAGGUGCGGAAAGAAACCUCGAAGAAGGACCCGACUAUUCGACGCCAGGAGCUGGUCAAGGCCGCAUCACCCACGCUGCUCGCACUCAUUGCCGCCCGCGCCGAGUCUCUUCUGGAGACCACCUUCGGCUGCCAAUUCAUCGCCGAAGUGAUUUAUGAGGCCGAUGGCGACAAGAGUGCCGCACUCACCGCGGUGGCCGAGGCCGCCAAGUCCCAGUCUGCUAAGGACUCUGCCCCCGUUGGCCGGUUGCUCAAGUCCCUUGUACAGGGUGGCCGUUUCAACCCGGCAGAGAAGGUUGUUGAGAAGGUCCAGCCCGCGCUGAACUUCCACGCGGCGCUGUAUGAGCAGAUCCAGGACGAGAUCAUGGACUGGGCGACGGGGUCAAACCCAUUCGUGAUUGUUGCGCUGGUCGAGUCCGACGAGUUCGAGAAGAAGGCCGAGCUGUUGAAGACCCUGAAGAAGAACAAGAAGGCGCUGGAGCAGGCUUCGGCGUCGGGCAAGGAUGGAAAGAAGAAGCCGGGCCCGACCAGCAGCGGCGCCAAGCUGUUGCUCGAAAAGAUCUAA